AAAAGUUUUACCAAAUAACAUUUUACUAUUUUCAUCAAAAUCAAAGAUUAACUAAGUUAAGAAUGCAAAUCAUAAAGUUUCAUGUACAAUAAGCAAGUAUGAUAUUCAAGAAAUACUGAAUGAGUGAUAUUCCCUUCGAUAUUUUGCAAAAACAGCUGAUUAAAAAAGGUAAACAAACUUUAAAUUUGAUCGCAGAAAAAUUUGAGAAAAUUUUAAAUUAAGGCAUAAAAUCAGCAAAAGAAAUGCUGAAAAUAGCUUCACGAUAUGGAUUGAAUCAUAAUUAUCAAAGAAGCACUGGAUCUAUAGUGCGAUUUUUCCGGAAUGGCGCUAACGAGCAAGAAGAAACUGAAUUGCCAAAAAAUGCACGAAUUGUCAUUUGUGGAAGCGGAUUAGCAGGAAGCAGUUUGGCAUAUCAUUUAAGUCUUGCGGAUCUUGGACAUCACGUAGUCAUGCUCGAACGAGGUACAAUUGAUAUGAAAAAUAUUGACGAGAAGAAUUUCUCUACAAGUAGUGGAUUAGUGGGAAGCUUUAAGAAUUCAGCUCCACAAAUCAAACUUGGACAGUAUUCCGUAAAGUUAUUAAAUCAAUUAACCAGAGAAGGUUUUGAUAUAGGAUGGGAACAGCGUGGGUCUUUGCAUUUAGCAAGACACCAUGACCGGAUGUUACAGUUCCGAAAAAUGAAAACUCAGAGCGAAGUUUUUAUGAUUAAAAGUGAAUUACUGUCACCUGAUGAGUGCAAGCAAAAAUGCAGUAUAAUUAAUGAUAAAGAUUUAAUCGGUGGGUUAUUUGUAAAAGAUGAUGGCAUUGUUGAUAAGGAAAAAUUGAGAAAAACGCUCCUGAGUGAAUCCAUAAAAAGAGGAGUAACACUCGUCGAAAACUGUGGCGUCACUAAAGUGCUAAAUUCAAAUCGCAUGGUUGAAGCUGUAGAAACUACUCAUGGAACUAUCGAAUGUAUUUAUUUCGUCAAUGCAGCAGGAUUUUGGAGUCGAGCAAUCGGUCAAUUAAGUGAGCCUCAUGUUAAAGUUCCACUGCAUCCCAUCAGUCAUCAAUUUGUUAUUGCUCAAACAAAUCCAGAAAUCAUUGAUAAAUUGAAUUGUGUCCUUUACGAUUUGGAUGGACGAAUUUACAUGAGAGAGUUUAGAGGAAAGUUAUUAGGUGGAGGAUUUGAACAGAACGCCAAACCAGCAUUUCAAGACGGUGUUCUUCCUGAUUCACCAAAAAAGAGAUUUUUGAUCAAACCCGAUUAUGAUCAAUUUUCUGAAUUAUUAGAAGAAAUUCUACAUCGUGUUCCUUCAUUUAAGGAUGCUGAAUUAAUCAAACUUGCCAAUAUCCCUGAAAUAUUCUCGCCAGAUGCUCGUUGGAUUUUAGGUGAAAGUCCUGAAAUACGUAAUUAUUAUGUUGCAGCUGGAAUGAUGAUAGAUGAUGUUGGUGGAGGGAUUGGUAAAGCUCUGGCUGAUAUUCUAAUGUAUGGAUAUGCUCAUAUUGAUCAUGAAGUUGAGGUCAAUAGAUUUUUAGGCUUACACAAUAAUCGAAAAUAUUUAAAAGAUCGAGUCAAGGAAAUUCAUUCAACUCAUUAUGGAAUUCAAUAUCCAAAUUUCGAAUAUGAAAUGGGACGUAAACUUCGAAUGUCACCAAUUUUUCCAGCCCUUCAAGAAAAUGGUGCAGUUUUUGGUCAAAUCAUGGGAUAUGAAAGACCAUGCUAUUAUGAUUUAAAUGGCAAACAAGUUGAUUCUCAAGGAAAUACAAUCUUUAGAAUUGCUCAUACAAAUACAUUUGGAAAACCUCAAUGGUUUGACCUUGUUGAAAGCGAAUAUCGAGCAUGCCGUGAAAGAGUUGGACUAGCUGAUUAUAGUUCAUUCACAAAAAUCGAUUUGUGGUCAAAAGGAACGGAAAUUGUCGACUUUUUACAGUAUUUGUGUUCUAAUGACGUUGAUAUACCGAUUGGUAAUGUCUGUCAUACAGGAAUGCAUAACGAACACUGUGGUGGAUAUGAAAACGAUUGUAGUCUUGCAAGAUUAUCAGAAAAUCAUUACAUGAUGAUAGCACCAACAAUACAACAGACUCGUUGCAAAGCAUGGAUCCGAAAAAAUUUACCACCUCCUGGAAAGCAUUCAAUCCACAUUAACGAUGUAACUUCUGCCUAUACAGCAAUUUGCAUUUUGGGUCCGUUCGCUAGAAAACUACUUUCAGAAUUAACAGAUACAGAUCUUUCACCGAAGAAUUUCCCAUUCUUUACAUACAAAGAAUUGGACGUGGGUCUCGCAAAUGGAAUAAGAACAUUUAAUGUUACUCAUACAGGAGAAUUGGGUAAUUUUUUUAUCUUUUUUUUUUAAUUACAGCAAUAAAUCUUCUUUUCAAUAGGCUAUGUGAUGUAUAUACCCAAUGAGUUUGCACUUCAUGUAUAUACACAGCUCUGGGAGAAAGGUCAAAAAUAUCAAAUUAAACAUGCUGGAUAUUAUGCAACUAAGGCACUUCGUGUUGAGAAAUUUUAUGCAAUGUGGGGACAAGAUCUUGAUACUUUUACAACGCCAUUAGAAUGCGGUCGAACUUGGAGAGUUAAGUUUGAAAAGAAUUUCAUCGGACGUGAUGCAUUGUUAAAACAGAAGGAGGAAGGAGUUAAGAGACUUUACGUUCAAUUAUUAUUGGAUGAUCACGAUCCAGAUUUAGAUAUUUGGCCGACUGGAAACGAGCCAAUUUAUCGAAACGGUGAACUUUGUGGACGAACAUCGACAACAAGUUUUGGAUAUACUUUAAAGAAACAAGUUUGUUUAGGAUAUGUACGCAACAUUGAUUGUUCCGGAAAUCUUGAGAAUGUUACCAACGAAUAUGUUAUAAAUGGUGAAUUUGAGGUCGAAAUUUGUGGAAUUCGAUACCCUGCCAAAGUUAAUUUACAUUCACCUAAUUUACCGUCCAUGAUUGCUGAUCGCGAGAUUGAUGAAAAAGACCGUUAUCAAGCAACUAGACAUAGAUAUUAAUUGAUGUUACCAAUCCCAUCUUUUAAGUAUUUUUACCAAGCAAAAUAUUCAUAUUGCAAUCAUAAUGAUCUAAUCGCAUUUUUAAAUGAAUCAGUUGUUUAAACUGAAUAGAUAAUUAUUUACAACGUUUAUUUUGUCACAUUUUUUAAGUUUAUUUUAUAGUUCGAAUGCUAUUGAUGUUAUUAUUUUAUAAAUAAUGUGAAAAAAAUAUUUUAACUAAAGUUAUUUAUCUCUGCAAAUUCAACACAAAGCCAAACUGUGUUUUAUUCUGGGAAUUUCUCAAGCUAGUCAUCAAAAAGUAAUAAUCAUUGUGUAAGUUUCAACUUUGUGUCGAUUCUGUUUAAGAUUACGUCAGAAACUUUUUUGCUUGCCAUCAGAAAUCUUUUGAAGUUCAUUUAAGUUUUAUUAAAGGUAAUUAACAUUUAGUCCAAGAAAUGUGUGAAUAUUCGUUGAGCUAUGCCAAUAAAAUGUGUUAAUUGUUUUGUUUCUGCGAGCACAUUUGAUUUUACAUUUUCAGCUAGGGGCUGUUCACUUAUUACGUUCGCAUUUUAGGGGGGAGGGGAGGUCUUAAAAAUUGUA